CCCCCGCCGCCACUUUACGUUAAAUUUGGAUGCUUCCGCCAGCAAGCGUCCUCAUUUUCCGGUCCCAAAAUUCCCCAUAGUUGACCAGUCACGAUACGAAGAUUACACACCGGCCUUACCUACAAUACGCGCGUCUCGCACUACUCUGCAAUCUUUCCGUCUGCACACGGAGCAGAUGUUACCCUAACUUGCCUACUCCAAAUAUACGUUCUGUGACGACUCCAAUCACCUCCAACUGCAAAUCUGCAAAUCUGCAAAUCACCGACGGCGAUCGGGGGUAAAAAAGAAGAGAAAAAAAAUCAGCGCUUAACGAACCUCUCCCUUUCGACGUUUCCGAAGUAGCAUCCGACGACCAAGGUUGUUACCAACUACCUACAAACAGUACUUUGUUCCCGCCUUUUUGCUCCGACAACGGCGUCAGCAUCACAUCACACGCCUGCCGACUUGCAUCUCGUAAAAUUACGCCUCACACCACUUACACCAGCGCUGGACGGUGCCGACUUUUUACUAUUUUCUUACCUUUAAACUUCAACUACCUUACAUUAAACCCGAUCUUGUCUAUUUUCCCAUCACCGCUCUUAUCAGACUUUGCCAUCAUGGAUUCUGGUAGGCUGGUCGCGAUGCGCUAAGCAUACAACAGAAGCCAAUAAGCAAAGAGUUUGAGCGGUUGUAUGCAUCAUCAUUUGAUAUUCCCUCUCCGCCCAGGACGAACAUUGAUUUGAGGUUUUGGGGAACAUCCCACAAAACGAUCCAACGACCUUCUUUUUCAGCGAUCGAGUCCCGGCCUUUCACUAUAGCAACCGGAGACCAGUCCGGUCCGUCUAUUAACUUGGAGCCCGUACAAUUUGCGGAGACUCCAUCGGCCAAGCUAUAGCUCUUCGAGACCGCAUCCUAGACCACUACUAGCAGGCUGGCGUGCAGUGCAUGAAGCGUCGUUGACUAGCUGUGGCAUUAAUAACUUUACGACAAGGGAAUCAUUUCUAUUCCUGGUUGACUAACAGAAUCCACCUCGGUCGAGUGAUAACACUGGGUUAAUCCCGCUUGAAGGCAAAUAGCUACAACGGCGAACCUUGACCUUGACCGAGAUACGACUCUUCUCACUUUAUUUUGUAUUCGCUCCUUUUAUUUCUUUUAUUGGUUUGUGGCUCGACGGGGGAAAGAGAGAAAACCACCUGUCGUUUUACUGCUGCUCGGCUCACCCGCAGUAUAAAACUUUGCAGCUCUGUCUACAGUCGUUUUGUCUAGGGCCUUUGAAUCUCUUCUGUCCACCAGCCGGCUUCAAGCAUAACACUUGAUCGAGACUGCAUACAGAGUGGUUGCGUCAGCGUCACGCAAACAACACCAUAUUAUUCGGGGAAACCACUACAUUGCACCAAGAAACGUGCCGCAUCUAAUAAUUCAUCAUGACGUCGAUACUUUGCCUGGUGCAUUACUGCGACGUCCAUGGGCCGAGGCCCUUGAUGGUCACCGAAGGGAUACCAGUCCCAUGCUCCACGUGCUACGAAGAUGACCCUUCCGACUUCCCUUUCCCAGGCGAGCGGUUACAGUCGGUCGCGCAAACGUCAGCACAGCUCUCAGCACAGACGGCAAACGCCAUCUCAGAAGCCUUGGGCCAGAUGAAUCUCGGCGGUGGCAGGAGUGCGUCGCUUCCCGCUUCCGAACGGGAGAACCCGACGCCACGGGCCUCAUUACUGCGAAGCACAUCGCAUACUGCCACACCCCUGGCCUCAGCGGUGGAAACCCCUCCGGUUAGCCCACAGCCAACGUCUGGGAAGGACUCGGGCUUCCGGAAGACUUACGACACUCGGCGUGCCAACCCCUGCGAAAAUUGUGCCAUGACUCUACCACGCCGGCAGGAAGGUACUUCGGACGAUACAGGAAUAGAUGCAGGAGGCCCAGUCCUGCGUACGCGAGCACCUUAUGCUAGGGUUUUUGACUCGGGUGCAACCUCGGCAAGAAGCUCGCAGACCACCUCUUCCUCCUCAUCAGAUACCGAGGAGGCUGGGAGUAAGGGACCGCAGACUGCUCAAGCAGGUCACUAUAGGCACAGGCGGACCGGCACGAUUACGUCGACUACCUCUCGAUCAAGCGCCAGCAGCUCAGCCACGCGAAGGAGCCAUACACAUUAUGUCCACUACACUUCGACCCACGAACCAGGAGAACGCUCCUUUAAGAUAGUUCGCAACUCGUGCUUACGUACUUUGUCAUUUGAAAUGCUACCGCGUGCUCCGGCAACUUCCCCACCGGCCGGAGGUUAUCAAGGCGUGUCCCCUAACCUCGGAACAAACGUAGCACCAAACUCCCCAGCCUCGUUUGUGACCACGCAUAGCACUGGCGCAGCUGCUUCGGGUGGCCCUAUGUUUUUUGGCGACCCAGCCGCUGGCUACACGACAGCCUAUAUUUUCCGCAUACCCGACGUACAUGCCCGCGGCCACAAGCGAGUUUACGCCCUCUUGGCACUCUCUACGCACCGUGAGAGACAGGCAAUGAAGCCAUUUGGCUUCAUAGCUGCUGCAUUUAGAGACCUUGCAGCUUGGAUCCAGGGUCUUGCGGAAGCCGAAGCCGAGCGAGCUGCGGAAAGCGUAGUUGCGAGUCCCGUCGUCUCGAACGCGCAAUACCCCGGGAUGUCGGCCUUUGACCAGCGCCCCGCUGUUGUCCCCGGAACUAGCAGCUUUCUUGCCGCGGCCGGCAACGGCAUCUCUAGAAGGAUGGGCUCUGGAUUCGGAGGUAGCAUCAGUGCUCCCCGGGCCAGGGGUCUACCGGAGCUUGUUGGCCUUCCCGAUUUCUUUAUCGAACUCCACACUCGCUUUGUGCGACUUCUUCUCGAACUGGGCGUCGUGAUCAACUCAUGAUGCUCGUCGGCCUCGUCAAGGCUUAAUCGAUUUACCAGACCAUCGCCGCAGGUUCUUCAACUGCGUGCCGGUGGUUGACUGCCAGCGCCAGGUUUGGGAAGCAUCCCAGUCCAUACAGCAAACAUAUUUCCAACAUCAUAGCAUUUGUACAAAUUUCGUCCUGUACCAACAAGCGCACUAACAAUGAGAGCGACAUUUCUUUUUGCUUUUUCAUAGACCGGGUGGCAAAUGGAACGGGCCUUCUGCUUUACUUCUUGCUUGUGGCUACAAAUGGUUAAAAAGACAUGGUUGAAGCCAAUAAUGGGAACGAAAAAGACCGCCAUCGCUGGUGGAUCGGUCCUAAUGGGUAAUGAUUCUUUUGGCUUUUGUCUUUUUUUUUUUUUUUU